UUAUCAUUUUGGUCCUUAUUGUUUCAAUUUGAUCAAUUUUGUUCCUGUAAUUUUUAAUUUAAGCAAUUGAAGGACAAAUUCUAAUUUCUGUCAAAAUAGAGUAACUGUCGUUAGUUGUUAAGGGGCAUUUCAGUCCAAAAACAAAGGUAACCAAAACAAACAAAAAAACCAAGAAUAAAAUAAAUAAAAAGAAACAAAAAAAAAAAAACCCUAAUUACCCAAACCCCACCCGCUCCCUAUCAUCAUUCCCCACCCCUAUCCCGACCCACGAUCCCCACCCCUUGGCCAUGUCAUCGUCGACGUAUUCCCCCACCGUCGCAGCUUGAACCCGAUACAUGUCUGGUUCCUCUUGGUCAAAACAAAAGGGGCAACGAAGUUUUGGAGAGCCGGUAAUCGUGGGUCGGGAUAGGGUAAGGCAUGGAUGUUGUCGUAAUAAGGGUCGGCGGCGAGAAGGGUGAGGUUCCAGGUGGCGAAGAGCUCAAAACGAGUGUCGUUGAGUGUGAAGACGGAGGUGGAGUCGACCCAUAACUCAAGAAGGCGGGGUUGGAAGGCGAGCCAAGCGAUGAAGAAGACAAGGGACAUGACAGAGAAGACGACAACGCCAUCUAUUAGGAGGCGACAGAGGAGGGUGGGCAUGUUGGGAGCGGCGAGGGUGAUGGUUUUGUUGGCUAAGUCGGACUAGGGGGAGGGUUGGGAGGAGGGCGAUGUAGAGAUAUUUUUGUUAUUUUUCUUUUGAUUUUUUAAUUUUUAACUUUUAGUAAUUUUUUUUUAUCUUUUUUUUUCCAGCCUUUGUUUUUGGACCGAAAUGCCCUUUGACAACUAACAUUAUUUUAUUUUGACAAAAAUUGGAAUUUAUCAUUUAAUUGCUUAAAUUAAAAAUCACAAAAAAAAUUAAAUUAAAUUAAAACUACAGAAACCAAAAUGAUAAAAAUAACAAACUACAAGUUGUCCAACGUGCAUUACUUUUUGGCCUUAAAUUAAUUAACGCGCGUUGGACAGAAAGAGAGAGAAACAGAGGAGAAAUAGUUGUCGAAGAGGAUUCGGAGAGAGUCCGAGGAAACCUCUUUCUCCUUACCAAAGGAGGAGAACGGGCACUUACGGGAAAAUAUCACAUCACAUCACAUGUUUGCUAAAACACAAACUGAGGUGCCUGUUCUUCUCUCCUUUACUCUGACCCAAUCCAUUUAAUUCCUGGUAGGUUUCCAAUACCGUUUUCGCUUCCUCUUUCUCCAUUUUCCAUUUCAAAGCCGCCCAUAAAUUUGAUUGCUUUCAUAACGAAGGCUGUGGCCAACUGGGCAUCGAUUGAAGAUUUGAUUUACUGGGUUUGUUUUGGUUUAAGGGGUUUCGAUUCUUUGGACUCUGGGGUUGAUUUUCUUUGUCGGUAUAUAUGAUUUAUGAUAUUCUUUGAUAAUAUCGGUUCAGUUUUUGGAUUCGUGGGUGUUGAUGGGUUUGUGAUUGAUCCUUGGAAGCAUUGGUUGUUAUAGUUGAAGGAUUUUUUUUAGUAUUUGGUGGUGGGUGUGCUCGGUCGGCUGUAUAUCUUUGAAUGUAUCAUAUUAUUACUGAAGAGGAGGAUCGGCUUGUGAGCGUACCCGACUCGUUUCUGGGUGUUCUCAGGCCAAUUUACCUGCCAAUUGAGCAAAAGGCCUUUUCUUUUUGUUUUCCAAGAGAUAGAUGGGAUAAGGAGUUCUUCAAGCUGCAGGGAGGAUAAUAAAUAAAUAAAUAAAUUUGUCGAAAUUACAAAGUUUUUGGCUUCGGUAGGUGCUUUUGUUUGGAGAAAUUUGAGAUGGGUUCUACACAAAGGUCUUCUUUGUCAACAAAUGUGGCAGACUUGGUUGAUGCUUCACAAUCGACCGGCCAAGAUGUCUCAUACAUUGAUAGUAUGCCUGUUUAUGUUAGGGAGUUGAUUGCCGGAGGCGCUGCUGGAGGAUUUGCUAAGACUUCUGUUGCACCACUGGAACGGACCAAAAUACUCUUGCAGACAAGAACAGAGUUCCGUUCUCUCGGAGUGUGUCAAUCUUUGAAGAAGUUAUUUAAGCAUGAAGGCGUUCGAGGAUUCUACAAAGGAAAUGGAGCUAGUGUUGUUCGAAUUGUUCCUUAUGCAGCCUUGCAUUACAUGACGUAUGAGCAGUACAGGUGUUGGAUCUUGAAUAAUUAUUCUGCUUUAGGAUCAGGGCCUCAUAUUGAUCUAUUAGCUGGUGCAGCAGCCGGAGGGACAGCAGUUUUAUGCACUUACCCCUUGGACCUAGCUCGCACCAAACUUGCUUAUCAGGUUGUUAAUACCAGAGGAAACUUCAAUUAUGGCAUGAAAGGUGCCCAGUCUCAAAUUGUUUAUAAGGGCAUAAGGGAUGUGCUUUCAAGUGUUUACAGGGAGGGGGGCCUUCGUGGGCUUUAUCGAGGUGUAGGCCCAACACUCACUGGAAUCCUCCCUUAUGCUGGUUUAAAGUUCUACAUAUAUGAGGAACUUAAAACGCGUGUUCCUGAAGAGUAUGAAAAGUCCAUUGUGACACGCCUUUCCUGUGGAGCUUUGGCCGGGUUAUUUGGGCAAACUCUCACAUACCCUUUGGAUGUUGUUAGGAGGCAAAUGCAGGUUGAGAAUCUGCAGCCUUCAGGUCAAGGUGGUGUUAGGUACAAGAACACAUUGGAGGGUCUUACAUAUAUUGUUCGUAAUCAAGGAUGGAAAAAGUUGUUUUCGGGCCUAAGCAUUAACUAUAUCAAGAUCGUUCCCUCUGUGGCAAUCGGUUUCACUGCAUACGACACGAUGAAGGCUUGGCUCCACGUUCCGCCCCAUCAGAAGUCCAGUCAAUGACUGCCCUCCAUAAUCAGAGAUUCAGAUUGUGUAAACAUACAAACUCCCAUCAAAGCGAUAGCAUCUGAUGCUAAUACAAAUAUUGUAUCUCACUCAAUCACAAUUUACAAGAAAUUUCUGCGUACGCUACUCCCUUUAACAAUGAUGUAUUUCUUGUGCAAAUGGUCCCUUGACAAUCAAUUAUUCAAACUAUAAUGAAUUCUGGAAAGUGACUCCUCCAUUA